UCUCAUUCUUCCGCUUCCGUGCGGAGGAAGCAGCAAGUCCGUUGGUGAAUUCCGAUCCGAGAUCUUAAUAGUAAAAACUUCCUUCGCCGUUGCCCGCUCGCCGUCUCUAUUUAAGUGGGUCCAGCUCGUGCGGAGCAACUGCUGCCCUCCCCAAAUCCUUCUCCCCCUUCUGUACCCUUCCGCUUCCCCUUCCCUUCCCCCUUCGAGCCCGCGCUCCAUCUCCCUGCACGGACCUCUAGGGUUUUCGCCUGCCGAAACCCUAACCGCUCCCCGCGGAUCCGUCCUAAUCCCGGGAUUUGCGGCCCCAAAUUCGAUCCCCGACCCCCCUUGACGGCCCGACGGCCUCCGCUUGACCCAUGGAGCUCAACCAGGACCUACGGUUCGAGCGCUACUGCCGCCUGGUCAACACUACCCACUCCGAGAUCGCUCCCUCAUUAUCCCUGCCCUCGCUUCCCCCGUGCUUCGGGUCUGUAGACCAGAAGAUCGGCCUCUCCGACGCGCUCGCUGGGUCCCGAGCCGGCGACGUCCCGGAGAUUAUUGCGCACGCUAGAACGAUCUCCGAGCUACUUAGUAACUGCGACGUGGGAUAUUUAAAUCUCAAGGAAGAUGGAGCCGUUGGUACUGAUGUCCCGGACGACCAUUCGAUUCUUUAUCAAGAGGUUAUGAAGUUUAAUCACGAUGCAUUUAAGUGUUUUCGUCCAGCUUCUCAGGUCCUUCUCAGGAGUGGAGAAGUUCUAAUCAAACACUUGAAAAGAAGCCGAUUGAACAGAAAGUUGUGAAAUUGAAAAGAGUUAUUGAAACUGAUAGUGAUGAUCGGUCAGAAAAAAACUUAGUCAAUGAGCCACCUUCUGUUACCUCAAGGAAACCUAAAAUGAUUAGGAAAGAAACUGAUUCAGUUCCAUUAACAGCAGGCCCAGAUACUCUGGACCAACAAGGUAUUGUUGGAAGCUUCUGUGAGAUGGUAGAAGAUUUCUGUAGCAAGGCAGAAUUUCCUGAUGAUUUAGAAUUAGCAGAUGAGCAGUCUCUGCCUCUUUCUGAGAUCAAAACACUUGUGAACCAAAUCAUGUCUAUUCGUUCAAAGAAAGUCCUGCACUUGGUUCCACUUGACAUUCUUGUGAGACUUUUAGGCGUUUUUGAUCGCCAAAUACAAUGUGCACAAGGCGUGUCCAGUGAUGGAAAUGACAAUGACAAUCCUGAUGUUGAUGCUGCAAAUCUUGUCCUAUGUGCUCUCGAGUCUUCACAUGCAGCACUGGCAAUUAUGGCCCACCAAGAUAUGCCAAAGCAGUUAUAUAGAGAAGAAGUGAUUGAAAGAAUUCUUGAUUUCUCAAGACAUCAAAUCAUGGAAAUCAUAGCUGCAUGCAAUCCGCUGCAGAAUCUUGCCAAACCAAGUGAUAAUGAUUUCUUUGAUGGUGAGGAUGCUGAUGAUGAUGAUAUAAAUAAUAAUUCAUCAGCUAAAAAAAGGCGAUAUAGUAGGAGUUUUAAUAUGAGAAAGUCUGCAGGGAGCAAAAUUUCUACUCCAGUGCAGUCUGUCCUUCAAAAACUUUGCACCAUUCUAGGAUUUCUCAAAGAUCUAUUGUCUGUGGAGCGGCUAUCAGAUAGUUGUAUUCUACAGCUGGUCAAGACUAGUUUUUCUACCUUUUUGGCAGAGAACGUCCAACUUUUGCAACUAAAGUGUAUUAAUUUGAUUUCUGGGGUGUAUGCGUCAUACACAAUACACCGGAGUUUUUUGAUAGAUGAAACACUGCAGCUUCUUCGAAAGUUACAAUUCUCUAAGCGGGCCAUUAGAACAUAUCUUCUACCAGAUGAAGAGCAAAAGCAGAUUCAGAUGAUAACAGCUUUGUUGAUUCAAAUGGUACAAUUUAGUGGCAACCUUCCAGAGAGUUUGAAGUCAGCAUCAAACUGGAAUGUUCUUCUCGAUACUUCAUCUGAUUCAAGUACCCCAGCUAAAUGUUAUGAAGAUGCAACCAAAACCUGUUGUCUUUUCUGGACCAGUUUUCUUCAGAGACUAACUAAUGGAAAAUCUCAGGAUGCCUCAGAAUCAAAGAUAAUCUUAGAGAACCUAGUCAUGGAUCUACUUACAACAUUGAACUUACCUGAGUAUCCUGCUUCUGCUUCAUUAUUGGAGGUUUUGUGUGUCUUGCUGCUUGAGAAUGCUGGUUUGAAAUGCAAAGACAUUUCAGCACGUUGCAUGGCUGUUGACUUUCUGGGAGCUAUUGCAGCAAAGCUGAAACGCGAUGCUGUGACUAGCAGCAGCGAUAAAUUCUGGAUUCUACAACAGCUAGUUGAUCGAAAUGGAUCUGUCUUUAAUGGCAAGAAUGAUGCAUGCUCUGUUUGCUUAAAAGGGAGGGGUGCAAACAUCAUCUGUCAUAUUUGUAAGAGAUGUUUUCAUUCUGAUUGCUUGGGAAUUGCUGGACAAGAGAUGCUGCUUCGAGAUUGGGCUUGUCACAUUUGUCUUUGCAAGAAGCAGCUCAUUGCUUUGCAUUCAUAUUGCAAGAUGCAGAACAAGGAUAAUGCUAAACAAAACAUUGGUUUGACAAGCACUACUUCUGGAGAUACGGAUUCAGUCACUGGAUCAGAAGUCAUCCAACAAAUUCUUUUGAAUUAUAUGCAACAAAAUGGCUCAGAAGAUGAUGUGAAUCUGUUUACUCGCUGGUUCCAUCUGUGCUUGUGGUACAAGGAUGAUUCUCAAUCUCGAGAAAAUGUUACUUACCAUCUCGCUAGACUAAAGUCUAGAGCCAUUUUGCGUGACUCUACUGGUUCUUUAUUUUUGUCAAGAGAUGGGGCUAAAAGAAUAUGCUUAGCGCUUGGGCAAAAUGUUUCUUUCGCUCGGGGAUUCGACAAAAUUCUUUAUUUGCUUCUGGUAAGCUUGAGGGAGAACUCUCCAGUUUUACGAGCCAAGGCAUUGAGAGCAGUCAGUGCUAUCGUUGAAGCUGAUCCUAAGGUUUUGUGUUAUGAACGUGUCCAAACUGCUGUUGAAGGACGGUUUUGUGAUUCUGCAAUUUCUGUUCGGGAAGCUGCUCUUGAAUUGGUUGGCAGACAUAUUGCUUCUCAUCCUGAAGUUGGUUUGAAGUACUAUGAAAAAGUUGCAGAACGGAUAAAAGACACUGGAGUUAGUGUGCGGAAGCGUGCUAUUAAGAUCAUCCGUGAUUUGUGUAUCUCUCAGUCUAACUUUCCUGAAGCGACACAAGCUUUUAUUGUGAUACUUUCUCGUGUUACUGAUGAGGAAUCAAGUGUACAGGACAUAGUUUGCAAAACAUUCUAUGAACUUUGGUUUGAGGAGCCAACAGGAAGUCAGAAGCACUUGAUAGCUGACGGUAGCUGUGUACCAUUGGAUAUAGCUAAGAAGACUGAGCAAAUUGUUGAUAUGCUGAGAAAUAUGCCUAAUAAUCAUCAUCUUGUUACAAUUAUAAGGCGUAAUCUGACCCUUGAUUUUCUCCCACAAUCGGCUAAAGCUACUGGAAUUAAUGCUUCUUUAGCAUCUGUCCGUAAACGAUGUGAGCUCAUUUGUAAACGUCUGUUAGAAAGAAUCUUGCAGGUAGAAGAGGAGAAUAGUGAUAAAGAGGAGGGCGGUGCACUACCAUAUGUGCUUGCUUUGCACUCGUUUUGUGUUGUAAACCCAGCACUUUGUGUGCCAUCUACAGAUCAAUCUCAAUUUGUUACAACACUUCAACCGUAUCUUAAGAAUCAGGUUGAGAAUAAAGCAGCCUCACAGCUUCUUGAGAGUAUACUAUUCAUAGUCAAUGCUGUCCUUCCCUUGCUUCGGAAGCCACCACAGAGCGUUAUUGAGGAACUUGAGCAGGACCUGAAACACAUGAUUGUUCGCCACUCUUUCCUGACAGUUGUUCAUGCUUGUAUCAAGUGCCUUUGUUCGCUUAGCAAAAUUGCAGGCAAAGGUGCAAAUGUGGUUGAAUAUUUGAUUCUCGUCUUCUUCAAGCGUCUGCAAGAUUCCAGUUCAGAUAACACACAGGCAUUGGUUCGAUCACUUUUCUGCCUUGGGUUGCUUCUAAGGUACAGCAGUGAUCUAGAAUUUAGAAUGGAUACUCAACAUAUUCAUAUUCACAAGAGUCUCUUGUCGCUUAAAAAAUAUCUUGCUAUGGAGGACAUUGUAUUAAAGGUUCGAGCUUUACAGGCACUGGGAAAUGUAUUGAUUGCUAGGCCUGAGUACAUGUUGGAAAAUGAUGUUGGGAAAAUAUUGAGGGCAACAUUGGACACUACUGUUGAUCCCAGGCUGAAGACACAAGCACUGCAAAACCUAUAUGAAUAUCUUCUUGAUGCGGAAACCAAAUUCAGUUCAGAUACUGAGAACAACAAUGCAAUUCCACAUUUUGAAGGUUCUAGAAAUGCAGUGCCUGUAGCUGCAGGUGCAGGUGAUACUAAUAUUUGCGGAGGAAUCAUUCAACUUUACUGGAACAACAUUCUUGAAAUUUGCUUGGAUGUUGAUGAGCAAAUUCGUCAGACAGCUCUCAAGAUUCUGGAAGUUGUUCUACGUCAAGGUCUGGUGCAUCCUAUUACAUGUGUUCCAUGCCUUAUAGCACUUGAAAUUGAUCCCCUAGAAGUAAAUUCAAAAUUGGCUCAUCACUUGCUUAUGAACAUGAAUGAAAAGUACCCUUCUUUCUUUGAAAGUCGUUUGGGUGAUGGCCUUCAGAUGUCAUUUAAAUUUGUUCAAUGCAUAGCAAAUACUCAUAAUUUAAUCUCAGGAGAAAAAGGCAAGUUGGAUAGGAACCCAAUAGCAUUUGUCAGGCCAGGUAUAUCUCGAAUAUAUAGGCUUAUUCGAGCAAAUCGUAUAUCAAGGAACAAGUUUAUUCACUCAAUAGUGAAAAAAUUUGAGACUGGUGGUGGGAAUUAUUUACCAAUUAGCUUUCUUGUGUAUUGUACAGAGAUUCUUGCAUCUCUCCCAUUCACAUGUCCUGAUGAGCCCCUUUACUUGAUAUAUGAUAUAAAUAGAAUAAUACAAGUUAGGGCAGGUGCAUUGGAAGCAAACAUGAAAGCCUGGAGUUCUUUCUUGCAGCACCAGAACUCGGUCGAGAGUGCAACAACUAAUGAAAAUCUUGAUCUGAAUGCUAAUUCUUGUUGGCAAAAGACACCUCAGCACAGUUUGGAGAUGGAGGACAAGAUGUCAAACUCACAUGCAAUUUCAGAAGAGGACAUUCAUAAGAUUCAGGCGGAUUGUCACGAGGCAAUUGCUCUACAGCUCCUUUUGAAGUUGAAAAGACACUUGAAAAUUACCUAUGGACUGAAUGAUGCUCGAUGCCAGGCAUUUUCUUUAAAGGACCCUCCAAAGCCUGGAGAGACAAUUUCUAGGCAAAAUGUUCCUUUCAGUGCUGGUGACACCCAACUUAGUCUGCCAACCUCCUAUCAAGCUAUGAUUCAAAAGUAUCAGGACUUCAAGGUGGCUUUGAGAGAAGACACCAUAGACUAUUCCAUAUACUCUGCUAGUAUCAAAAAGAAGCGGCCCACUCCAAGAAGCUCAAAAGGUGGAAAAACUGCUAACCAGAGAAGAACCAACCAAGAUGAUGAUGAAGAUGAUGAUGAAGACUGGACAGGCGGACCACGCAUGCUUGAUUUCAGUAACCAGAGUAACGGCGUUAGGAUAACCAGACAACGAGUGCAGGUGUAGCCAUUAACAGCAGACUCUAGCUUUGUUUUUUGUACAUUAUAUUAAUUUGGCGGUUGUGGAGGAGAGGAUAUAAGUGCAUAGCAAUUAACAAGGCUUGGUCUCGUUACAAACUGAAGCUAAUCAGAUUCUGGCGCAGCGCGUGCCCCCUUUUUGUAACUCCUUAUUUUUGUUGCUUUGUUUUUAUUUUCUCCUCUCCAGUCUGGGCGGUUAUAGGGUUGUAGAUAUGUGCUCCAGCUACAAAGGAGUGAAAAUUUCAAUUCUUUCACAGCACCAAGUCUUGGUGCCAAAACAUUGACAAGCCAUUGGGUUGGUACAGUGUACAUUGUAUCUCACCUUUUUAGUGAAGUUUAAAGGGCUUCCCCCAUUGUUA